ACCGACGCUACUCUUGGCUACUGCUACGACACAACCAGAACAAACUAUAAGAGUCUUGUUGUCAGUCCAGCAAGGAAAUAUCAGGUCAGCUCUGCUACUGAAAUGAGAUAACUGAUUGUAMCUUAUCCAGUUCUUCAUGAAGCUAGUUGGUGCAGUGUUAUUAUUAGUGUUUACUUCCCAAGGAGAAGGUUGGAGGAGAAGACGUGCCCGGCCUGCCUGUUAUGCACAUAACUGUGUGAUUAGCGAGUGGUCUGUAUGGAAUAAAUGCUCUCAUGUCUGUGGCAAUAGUGGAGUACAAACGCGAGCUCGAAGGAAGAUUGAAGUUGAGUCUUGUGGAGGCACUUGUCAUCACACAUUGAGUGAGACAAGAUCCUGUAAUCGGCACUGCUAUAAUGGAGGAACACCRUUGACAGGCCAUUGUAAAUGUCAAGACGGAUKCACUGGAAGAUGCUGUGAAUAUGACAGACGAUCGCGUAAAGAUGACGAUUUCCAACAGGAAGAUCCAAGUGCCAAACCAGGUCAAAGCUCUGGAGUUAUUGGUCUAAUAGUAGUUUUAUCGAUYGCUGGUAUUUUAGGGUUUUCCGGCGUCGUAGUAUGUUUAUUUAAAACUGAAUGUUGCAACAACUGCUCCUGUUUUAUCUGUUGUAAUUGAGAGACUAAAAAAACCUUAUUCCUGUAAACAGUGCCAUAGAAUGCAUUAUGGCCGGCAACAUCAUGAGUCCUGAUCCAGUUUUAAUGAACACGGUACCCUUGCAMUAUUCUUCAGUUGUAUUCUGCUCAGUUGUAAAAGUGCAUAUCUUGUGUAGAAUUUUGUUUAAUGACCUCUUUUUACCGCAGACCAGCUGUGGACUUGCUAUUAAUGAUAGGAUUUGAUGGAUCUAUGUAUCAAAUGCAGAGUUUCUACUAAUAAAUACAGAAACUUCUAA